AUGGCCGGCCUCGCGGGCGAGCUGCCGCCCGGCGCCGGCGGCUGCCUAUCUGCGUGGCGCGAGGCGAUGUGUGAGGCUGGCGGGCGUGGCAAUGCCUAUGACACCAGGUCGCAGGAGAGGCUGCUCCGCACCGCCGGAGAGGCGCUCGAGGAGCCUCUCUCUGUCGACGAGUGCCUCGAGAGGGCGGGCGGCUGGGGCGCCUACCAGCGCUCGCUCAUGCUCACCCUCGGCACGUCGACCGCCGCGUGCGCCGUGCACAUGCUGCAGCCCAUCUUCCUCGCGCCGCUGCUGGACUGGCCGCUCACGCCGGUGCAGCGCGGGCUCGUCUCGUCCGCCUUCUUCGCGGGAUACGCCGUCGGCGUCUUCGGCUGGGCGUGGCUCUCCGACCGGCGAGGCCGGAGGCGCGGGAGACAAUAUGCACACCUCUCCUUCCCGCCCCGCCACGUCCGUGACCGGCCCGCCAUCCUGCUCUCCUUCCUCGUCGGCAACCUCGGAGGCGUCGCCUCCUUCUUCGCCCCCUCCUUCGGACCCUUCCUCGCCCUACGGCUGCUCUGCGGCGUCGGCGUCGCCGGCGCAAAGAGCGCCGUGCUCCUCGGAACACAGGCAACACAGAGGUUGAGCUCCUCAACUCCACCUGGCGCCCACCUCGCCUACUGGUGGGUGAUGGGGCUGCUGCUGCUCGUCGCGUCCGCCUACGCGCUGCGCUCCUUCUCGUGGCGCUGCCUCGUCCUCGCGCACGCCCCCGGCCUGCUCGUUCACCUCCAGCUUGCCCGCAGCCUGCCAGAGUCGCCUCGGUUCCUGCUCGUCGCAAGCCAGACGGAGCGAGCCGGCGUCGUGCUGCGGCGCGUCUUCGCGGCGAACCGCGCCGCACCGCCCGAGCCCCUCUGCCUGCAGCAGCCGCCCGCGCACGACGGAGGCCGCUCCACCAUCUCGCAGCUCUGGCGGCGCGACUUGCGCCGCUCGACGGUGGUCAUCGGGCUGACGCAGGGCGCCCCGCUCGCCAUCACUGCCGUGCUGGCGGGUCGCUUUGCGUCCGUGGCCGCCGUCAACGUCGCGUACAUCGUCGCCGCCGAGAUCUUCCCCACUCUGUGCCGCAACUCUGGAAUCGGCUGGGGGUCGGGCUGCGGCCGGCUCGGCGCCAUCCUCGCGCCGCUCAUCAUGACCUCGGCCGGCGCGCCGCUCCUCCUCUUCGCCGCCCUCUGCCUCGUCGCCGCGGCGAGCGUGUGGGCCUCCCCGGAGUCGCGAGGCAGGCGCACGGCUCUGGAGGAGGCGCUGCCCGAGUCGGGCGGCCGGGUCAUGCCGGACGUGCCCUGCUCCGAGCGCGUCUCGGGCUGCAAGCAGGCGCCCUCCCCUCUCGAGAGCCCGCGGAGCACCCGCUGCGUCAGCCCCAUCAGCGCAGCCACGGCGCCUCGCACCACAGCGCACCGCACGCCGCCGAGGCUGGCGCCGGCGCCCCUGGAGCCGCCCGCCGCGGAGAGCGGCGACAGCUGCUGA